CUCCAGCAUUUCCUCAGCAGCCUAGUGACGACUACGCCGAAUUCGCCGCGCCUUAUGGAUCUUGAUGCGGUGGUGGGAUUAGAGGAGCAGCUCUUAGCGCAGGGCCACGCCGAGGGAUACCAGGACGGGCUACGACUGGGAAGGCAGGAGGGUAGAGAAACGGGUCUGGAGCAUGGGUUCAUGAUAGGGGACGAGCUGGGCUUCAUGUGGGGCUGUGCAGUGGCAUGGCAGCAAGUCAUCCAAGCAGCCACCUCCUCUCGAUUCUCCCCUAGGGCAUCCAAAGCCGUGCUGCAGCUGCAGCAACUCAUAUCUGACUUUCCCAUCGCUAACCCCGAGGAUGAACGCUUUGACUCUCUCCUGUCGCACAUCAGAGCCCGAUUCCGCCUCACUUGCUCCCUCAUGUCGCAGCCGCACCUCGCUUUACACUCCCACCCUGCUCAGCAAUCCAGCAGCUUAGAGUUCUAGUGCUUCCUUGACACUCCUGUGGCAUCAGAGCCUGCUUCCGCCUCACUUCCUCCCAGCCGCACCUUGCUAGCACAUGAGUCGUGACACUCCUCCCAUCGUACUCAGCAAGCCAGUAGCUUAAGAAUUCCAAUGCUGCUCUGGCAAUCUCUUAUCGCACGUCAGAGCCAGAUUCCGCUUUGCCGGCUCCCUCAUGUCCUAACCUCAUGGCGCUGCUGCCUUGCAAUUCCAUCUUUCCCAGCAGAGCAGCAUCUUAGAAUUUUGAUACCAGUUUGAUCUCUUCCAUAGCACACAUCUAAACGAUAAUGAAACAUGUGAAAUCUGAUUGGUAGCGGAACCUU